AUGGGGCCUUCUCACCGUGUCCGAGCCCCUCGGCCCCGGGGCUUAAGAUCCCCCUAUCGCAGGCCAGGUAUGGGCUGGCCUCGGCCCCGGUUUCCCAAGAUGUUUAAGUGUAGCCAUAGAAGGUACCGGCAGAAACCCCAAGGCCCAGCUGCCACCACUGCAGCCCCCAAUCUUGGCACCCUGGCCACGGGUAUCAACAACACCCACACUGCCACCACCAGCGUGUGGAUUCUUCCACCACAAGUUCUCAGACACCUCUGUCAACCUGGCAGCUUCCUGAUCCUCUAG